AAAGACACGUGUACCCUUUUCUGUUAACAGGGAGAUGUAAUCAAUGAACGAAGAUCAGUAUUAAUCAAUCAAAACAUUGACUAGCUUGAAUACAAUGGGGGCAUCAUCGACGGAGGCGUACGGUGAACCAUGGUACUGGGACAAUAGAUACGCAAAUGAAUCAGGACCGUUCGAUUGGUACCAAAAGUAUCCAUCGUUGGCUCCUCUCAUCAAUCUCUACAUCCCUCGUCAUCACCGUCCUCGAAUCAUCAUCGUCGGAUGCGGAAAUUCCGCAUUUAGCGACGGAAUGGCGGAGGACGGAUAUGAAGAAAUGGUGAACAUUGAUAUAUCUUCUGUGGUUAUUGAAGCUAUGCAGAAGAAGUAUUCUAACCGUCCUCAAUUAAAAUAUAUUCAAAUGGAUGUUCGAGAUAUGAGCGGUUUUCAGACGGCUUCGUUUGAUGCUGUUAUUGAUAAAGGAACUCUAGACUCUAUUUUGUGUGGAAAUACUUCGCGUCAAAAUGCUACGCUUAUGCUUAAAGAAGUUUGGAGGGUCCUCAAGGAUAAAGGAGUAUACAUUCUGGUUACUUAUGGAGCUCCACUUUAUCGCUUGCGCCUGUUGAAAGAGUCGUUCUCAUGGAGGAUUACGCUUCAUGUCAUAGAAAAGCUUUUGUCAGGGGGAGACUGUCAAUAUCCAGUGUGGGAAUUGACAAAUCCCGUUCCACUCGAUGACGAUGGAAGCUCGGUGGAAGCAGCUCUUGGAAAGAACCCCGAUGUUCAUUAUAUUUAUAUUUGUGUUAAGGAUGAAUCAUUGAAGGCAGAGCAAAAGCAUGAAGGAGAAAUCUAAUGAGAAAUACUAAAAUGACAGAGAUUUUUCAUUAAGGAGGUGCUAGUGCAUUAAGCUAUGUGCACCGGGAGAUAUGGACCAGCCUUUUGCGUGUAGCUUCUCUUUAGUGUUGCAUGUGAAUUAUUGAACAUGUUAUGUCGGUACAUUAGAAAUUUAGAUGCUGUCUGGUAGUCUGCAUCGUGAUUAGUCAUGAAAAUAUUUUAGUCUUGAACUCGAUUUCUUAAUGGGUUUGUAAUUAAACAAUUUGUGCAUGAUAAAGAAAAAGUUGUUUGCACAAUAAUUAUGGACUUGAGCGGCAAUUUGCCCCUCAACUUACAAGCAA